CGUUGUGUUGCAUUGCUUUGCGUUGUUGCGGUCGUUUCGCGCGGUUUUGGCAAUUUAUUGUGAUUAUAUUGCACACAAAAUAAUGUGGUGACAUCAGUGGUCACAUUGAGAAAAUUAUUCAGGUGUGCGCAUAUUUCAAAUAUUGUGGGCUUGAAAAUUGUUAUACAUACAUACAUAUGUGAAAUAGUAAAGAGCGGUUAUUACAAAAAUUAAAAACUGUUUCUCUACUCUAAAAUCAUAUACAACGAAAAUAUUAACUAAUACCGGAAAACGGCUGAAAAUCACGUGCGGCAAUUGUUCUUUCAUCCCACAGUUGUUGGCGAAUAAUUUGCGGCAUAAGGGCGUUUAUGAUAAAAAGGUCCUCAUUACAAUAAACGCAACAGAAUACCAGUAAAAGCAGUUGAGAAGAAAAAAAAAACACCAGAAGGCAAGUGGACAUAAGAGAAGGGCGCUGCUGGCGAAACUUGCACUGGAAGUCCCUCAGUGGUUGUAAUCAGUGUCAGCUUAUUUGCUGCCUACGUACGAAUAUACUUACAUAUGUACUUGGACAGGCAUAGUUACAAAAUUCCAUCAUUGUUUUUAACUCGCAUACGUACUUACAUACAUAGUACAUAUAAAUACACGCUAUAGAGCAGCACGUGCCGGCGCGCCAUUCCGUGCUCAACACUCCGUGAAAUGUGCAAUUCUUGGCUCCUCAUAAUUGCGAUUACACUGGAAUGCUUAUGGAAUUCGCAGCUGUCCGAAACAUCGAAAUCAUGUCCAGCCGAGUGCAUCUGCUUAUCACAGACACAAGUGCUAUGUAACACUGGCGGCCUGGAGCAGAUUCCAUUGCGGCAAUUACCCUCGACCGUCGAGAAUCUCGCAUUAACGAAAAACAAUUUCCCAGUCAUAAAACCGGAUUCGUUUGCCGGCUUGCGCGCGCUCAAAAAGCUUUCGCUGGACGGCAAUAAUAUCACACGCGUCAAACAGUUUGCCUUCCGCGGACUGCCGCGUCUCAAGGAGCUUUCCAUCCAGUAUACGCCAUUGCAGACGGUUGCCCAAUUCGCCUUCGCCGGUCUGCAGAAUCUCUCCACCAUCUUGCUGAGUCACAAUCAAAUUGCAACCAUCGAGGCCAACGCUUUCGCGGGCACUUCGAAUGUCAAGCUAAUUUUACUCACGAACAAUCCACUCAUACGCAUCGACAGCUCGGCCUUCUCAAGCCUAACCAAUGUCGGUCACCUGAUAUUGCCAUCGGGCAUACGUACCAUUGAGCCGGAUGCCUUCUUGGGCAUGGAUACAGUGGGACUACUAAAGCUUGCCUAUAUGGAUUUGAAGGAGCUAGCGCCGUACACCUUCCGCGGUCUGACGAAUGUGCUGUUGCUUACGCUGCAGGAGUCCGAUUUGGGCAUUAUAUGCGCGGAUGCUUUCACAGGACUGGCGCAAGUCGACAAAUUGCAAAUACUCAACAACAAAAUCGAUCAGAUUGAGGAGCUCAACUUCACCUACACAGCGGAUAUUAAGCUGCUCAAAUUCCUUGGCAAUCAUGUGCUGGAAACACCCGAUCCCAAUUCGAUUAUCAUCGAUGGCGUUGCACAAUUAGAGUUGGUGAAUAAUCACUUUCCCUGCGGCUGCCACAUACACACGCUGCUCGAUGGUCCACUGGUCGAGGGUGCGCAUAAUCUAAGCGAAUUUCUGCAGAAGAACUAUUGCAUUUCGCCAUUGGAUGUGAAUGGUCGCGCCAUGGCCGAACUUGACAUUGACUCGAUCGGCCGUUGUCAUGAUCAGCUGACGAAGGGCAAUCUCGGCUCGUCAGCCUCGUCGAUGGCGCUGAGCGUCAAUGUAACAUUGCUCAUCGCUGCGACUACAAUUGAACUGAAAAUCUUGCGCACCAUUUCGGAGCAGCUACUCUUGCUGUGGCAGUAUAGAACGCGUGGUACGCGUGGUCGGCGGCGUCGUUGGCAUCCGGUCGGCAGAUGAAUCCACGUGCUGCUGUUGGCAUCACGCUAAGUAGCUAUUGUUUAAGUGAUACUUAUACCUACAUACAAAGUUAUUGAUAAGUAAAGUAAAGUAAUUAUGGCAAAUUUUAUUAUGCGUCAGUUUGCGGUAAAUUGGUGGUAAAUACUCGUAAUCUAAGUAUCGAAAUUUAUUGUUUAAGUAGCGGCGCACAAGUUGGCGUCUAGCAUGAAAUAAUUAACUAAUUGCUAAGCUUAAGGGAAACUGCAUAGCUAUCGUAAUUAAUAUAGACUACUCAUUCUAAGUAGGCGUACAACUUUAAGCAAAAAAGGGUUAGUUUACUUUGCUCGUGCAAGGUCUGUAAUACAUAUACAUAUGUAUUUGUGUAGUUAAAUUUAUUAAAACACGUAGGUUUGUUUCUCGAUUUUUGAAUUGUAACGCAGGAGGAACUAUGAAGACUUCAAAAUAAAGUUUGCCAACCAGUAUUACGAAGCAUA